CCAAGUGUGAAAGAAGCUCGCAAACUGUCGUCUUCUUCUUCGAUCCAAUUUCUCAUCAAAUCUUUCUCUUUUUGAUUAAAAAUUCCUUGGCCUCAGCUCCAACAUUCUCCACGAUCCCCUCUCAAACCCUAGGAACCCUUCAAAUUUCUCUAAUUUCUGUCAAUCAGAUCUCGGAUCCUUCUCGGAUCUGAGCAAUGGCGCCGAGCUCAUCGGAUUCGGAUUCCCCAAAAUCGACAAAAUCCAAUAGCUCCAGCAGCAGCAGCGAGGAGGAAGAAGAUCGCAAGCGCAAGAGCAACGCUCAUCAGUCCUCCGACGAGUCCACCUCCAGCGACGGCGUCCUUGUUGAGAUUCCCAGCAAUCCAGAUCACGAUGCUAGAGAGAUGCAGGGGGAAACAGAUGGUGGCAUUCUUGUAAAUAUUGAUGGUUCUAUGCAUGAGGGGAGGGAGGAUCUGUUUGUUGAUGCACCAGAGGAGCUGGGGAGUGCCCGGAGCAGCACGGGGUUAGAUGAGUCGGUGGCGGUGAUUGAGUAUGGGGAGAGUUCAGCAGAGAGCUUGAGUUCGAGGCCGAGGUCGGUGGAGGAUGAGAUUGCUCGGAUGAGGGAUCGAUUGGAUGAGACACAAGCUCAAUGCAGGAAAUAUAAGGAAGAAAGGGAGGUUUUCGGGAGAGAAGUAUCCAGCCUCCUCCAUCAACUACAAGACAUUUUUGAGCAGCGAUCAUUGUCUGGUGCAAGCAACAAAGAAUCAGUUGAGCAUCUUCAUCAGAUAGGAAGAGGAGGUGAGGAGGAAGCUUUUAUGUCGCCUACGCCGUUGCAUGCUAUGGUAAAUGAUUGCUCCAAGAUGUUAUCUCAUUUGAAAAGUAUACUUGGCGAGCAGUUGAAUUCAGAGGAUACUAUUAAGGGUCUAAAUACAGCUCUUUAUGCUAAAGAACAAGAGGUGGAAGACCUCAAUUUGAAACUUGCAGAGUCUAAUGUGUGCCAAGAUGUUAUCACUUCUUACUUGGGUUCUGUUCAAGAAAUGUGGUCCAACUCAUUGAAAGAAUCAUCAAAUGAAGUUAGCAACAGGUUGUUAACCUCCCUUGAAGCGGUGACGGGGCAAGAAAGGUCUUCCUUUGAAGAUUUUGUUGGUGAUGGAAUUUCACUUGUUGAGAAGAAGACCUUGUCUUUGAUAGAAAAACAUACACAGUUGUUAUCCGAGACUGAUCAUCUUCGGCAGUUUAUGGCAGAGACAAGGCCUGAAUUGUUAACCACAGAAAAAAAUGAAUUCGUUGAUGUUUUUAGUGCCAUUUCUGAGGAGUUACUUGGAAGAAAGAAAAGAGAAGCUUCUCUGUUGGAGAAAAUAAGUGAGCUUGUAGAUGAAAACAGGAGAUUGGCUGAAGAAGUAAAUAGGAUGAGAGAAAGCUUGGAAGCAGCCCAUGCUGAAACUAACAAAUCUAAGACGGACCUUGAACAAGCUGAGAGUAAGUUGGCAGCUGCCAGAGAAAAGCUUAGUAUUGCAGUGACAAAGGGAAAAUCAUUGGUUCAGCAUCGUGAUGCACUGAAGCAAUCAUUAGCUGAGAAGACGAAUGACCUUGAGAAGUGUGUGCUGGAGUUGCAACAGAAGUCUAGCGCUUUAGAAGCCUCAGCAACCAGUAUCGAUGAGCUGAAGCAGCUAUUGGCCGAGAAAACAAAUGAGCUGGAGAAUUGUUUGCUUAUCUUGCAACAGAAGUCUACUGCGUUAGAGACUGCUGAAACUGUUUCUUUCGAACUUAAUCAGUCAUUAUCUGAGAAGACAAGUGAACUUGAGAAGUGCUUGCUAGAGCUGCAACAGAAGUCCGAAGCCUUGGACAAUACAGAAGCUAUUGCUGAGGAGCUGAAACAGUCAUUGGCCGAAAAGAUUCGCGAGCUUGAUAAGUGUUCUCUGGAACUGAGACAGAAGUCUGAUGUCCUGGAGAACACUGAAACCAACUGCGAGAAGCUGAAGCACUUUUUGACUGAUAAGAAUAAUGAACUUGAAAAGUGUUUGUUCGAGUUGCAACAGAAAUCUGAUGCUUUAGAGGCUAGCAAAAUCAGUGGUGAGGAGCUGAGAGAUGCGUUAUCUCAGAAGACCUCGGAGCUUGAGAAUUGCCUCCAGCAAGUACAAACCUCUGAAGCUAUUGUCGGGGAGCUGCAGAUUUCAUUAGCUGAGAAGAUCAGUGAGCUGGAGAAAUGCCAGAUAGAUUUGCAACAGAAGUCUGAUAACCUUCAGACCUCUAUAGUCAGUACUGAGGAGCUGAUAAAUGCCCAAAAUUUGGCUAAUUCUCUUCAGGCCUCACUUUCAGAAAAGGAGAAGGUUCUUCAGGAAAUAGAAGAAAUAAUGCAACAUUCCGAUAUCCAAGACGACUUGCUCAACAUGGAAGUUGUUGAUAGAGUAAAAUGGUUUGUCAACCAUAAACAUAAAUCAGAUGCACUUUUUAUGGUGAGCAGCAAAGUCCAAGAUAUCCUGUCUACCGUUGGUCUUCCUGAAUCCCUUUCAUCUGCUGAAUUAGAUUCACAAAUUGAAUGGGUUGUGAAAUCAUUUUCCCAGGCUAAGGAGGAUAUAGUUAAGCUGCAAGAAGAAAUUUCUGGCACCAGCGUUUCUGUGGCAUCACAUGAAUCAGAGUUGUCAGAAGCACAGAAGGAACUUGACCACCUGGCAGCAUCCCUUUCGGAAGUAAAACGGGAAAAAGAUUCUGUUCAAGGUGCACAUGAUGACCUCAAGUACAAAUAUGAAAAGAUUGCUGAGAAGUUGUCUUCAAUUUUUUCUGAGAAGGACGUUGUGAUGAUGGAAGUGGCAGGGCCAUGUGCAAGUACUUCCAUUGAUGCACUGUCUUUUGACCCAGAGCUGUUGGUUGAGAACUGCUUCAGUACUGUCCGUGAAAGAAUGAAAAAAAUUGUUUCUGAAAGAGAGAGGUUCGAAGAGAUGCAAAUUUCACUGUACAUAAAAAGUCAAGAACAAAUGUUAUACAGUAAUAUAUUAGAAGAAGAGACAGUUGCUAGAUCGGAAGUAAUGACCCUUUCAAAUGAGUUAGGAAGAGCAUCAGAAGAAGUAAAUACUUUGAGAAACGAAAAAGAAGCCUUGCAAAAAGAACUUGACCGGGUGGAAGAGAGGUCUUCCUUAAUCAGGGAAAAACUGUCAUUAGCAGUAAAGAAAGGAAAGGGUCUGGUGCAAGAACGUGAAGGUUUCAAACAUUCACUUGAUGAAAAAAAUUCUGAAAUUGAAAAGCUAAAUCAGGAGCUCCAGCACCAGGAAUCUUCUAUAAUUGAGUAUAAAGAACAGAUCAAAAGUUUGUCUUCUUAUCCAGAACAAAUUCAAAAGCUGGAGUCUGAUAUUGUUUCUUUGAAGGAUCUGAUGGAGCAAAAUGAAAAGCUUCUUCUGGAAAGCAAUAGCAUGUUACAGACUUUGAUGGACUCUAUAGAAGAUAUUGCUCUUCCUACUGAUAGAACCUUUGAAAAGCCUGUUGAUAAGUUGUACUGGAUUGCAGAACACAUCCAUGAGUCAGAAGCUGCCAAGGCUCAUAGAGAACAGGAGCACGAGGUACUAAAAUCUGAAGCUGCUUUGCAGGCUAAUAGGUUAGCUGAUGCACUUGCAACUAUUGACACACUAAAGGACGAGCUAACUACAGCCGAAAAGCAUAUAGACAAUAUUGUGCAGGAGAAGCAGGAUUUGCAACUUGUUAAACUGAAUAUUGAACAAGAAUUAGAGAAACUGAAAGAGGUAAGCUCUAUGCAAGGCAGCAAGUUAGAAGAUGCCUAUGCAACUAUAAGGUCCUUAGAGGAGCAGCUUGGUAAAAUGAAUACUGAACAAGAGCUGAAGGAACUUAAAGAGCAAAGCUUUAUGCAGGCUAGAAAGAUAGAAGAUGCCUAUGCAACUAUAAGGUCGCUGGAAGAUGCGUUAGCACAAGCAUCUAACAGUAUCUCAAAUCUUGAAGCACAAAAAUAUGAAACCGAAUCCAAAAGCCAACAGCAGAUAGGUGCAUUAAAUACCAAGUUGACAGACUGCAUGAAAGAAUUGGCGGCAACCAGAAGCAAUUUAGAAAACCAGUCAGAAGAGCUGGUUAGUCACCUUGGGGGUCUUAAGAUGCUUAUCGAGGAUAAACGCCUAUUCUCCUUAAUGUCUGAAGAGUUCAGGAAAAAGAUUGAGGGUCUGAGACAUAUACAGAUUCUACUACAGGAUUUGCAUGGACAGUUUAGUGCAAAGGGACUGCAUAUUCAUACUGGUUUUGAGCUUCCUGAUUUUGCAAAAAUUUCUGCCCUUUUAAAUUUUGAGGACUUUAUUAACGAUGAAAUAUACAAUAGCAAGAUUAGUACAGAGGAUCUUGAUGAUGAUGCAGCCUUAUCUAACAUUGUUGAGAGGCUCCAAUAUCAAGCAGAAGUCCUUGGCAACAGGUUCCAAGGUUUAUCUAGAUACACUGACGACUAUAUCACAGUUGUAUUGCAAGCUUUGCAGGCGAUAAGCAGUGAAUUUAUUCACAUGCUUGACCUUGGUGAGUCCUUGAAGGUAACUGUAAAUAAAUUGGAAGCUGAGAACCAAGAACAAGCGGCAGAAAUGUCGUCCUUGGAGAAAGAGAUGGUGAAUCUUCUUUCUGCAUGCCAAGAUGCUAGUCAAGGGCUGCGAUCUGAAUUCACAUAUUUAUUAGAGUUGUACCCUGAGGAUGACAUACUAAAGUCCAGCCUGGAUUCAGGAUCUAUUGAAGCUGUUGGCCGUAGACAAGAAGAGGGGAAAGGUGGGGAACAUGCUAGUGCAGCAGAGAGUUUAUUAUUAGCUUCCAGAAAAAUCAGAAUUCAAGCUCAGCAGUUGACGAGGGUCAAUAGAGCCUUGUUGGCUUCAAUGAAUGAUUUGAAGAACAAAUUAAAACAAGCAGAAUUAACUGCUGAAACUGCUAUUCAGGACAGGCAGUUAAGCCAAGAGAGACAUUUAAAGUUGGAGAGGGAUCUUGAAGAUUUGCAAAAAGUUUGUAGUGAGAUGAAAGUUAAAAUACAGGAUAAGCAGGUAAAAGAGGAUAUCUUGAGAGAUAAAGAGGCAGAACUUUCAAGUUUGCAAAAUGCUUUGACUGCAAAAGUCAAAGAGAUUGAUGAGAGUCUUUUCUCAGAAGGUCAAUUGGUGGCCGUUAUUGACAAAGUAAAUAACAUGGUGAUUCCUUUUAGUGAGUCACAUAUUGAAGAAGUUCAUUUCUCAAGCCCUGUGGACAAGCUAAUUUAUGUUCUAGAUAAGUUCCCUGAAUUGUUGCAUAGGGUAGCUUCCUUGACUUAUGAAAAGGAGGAUAUGCAGUUGAUUCUUGAUUCCCAUGUUCGUGAAAUUGAACAUCAGAACAAGGCUGCUGAAACUGUUGGUAUGAAUUAUCAGGAUCUGGAAUCAAAAAAAUUGGAGUUGAUUGAGUUGACAGUUGGUUUAGAGAAGAUAAUACGAAGGUUCGGGGGGAAUAAUUUAUCAGAAGAUCAGAAACCGUCCUCUACUAAUGGAUUCCUACCAGUGUUGGAAAGACUGAUGAUAAGUUCAUAUAAUGAAGUUGAAGUUUCCAAAUCCAGAAUGCAAGAACUGGGAGCUAAAUUACAGGCCAAAGAAAAGGUUGUUGAUGAAUUAUUAACAAAGAACAAAUUACUUGAAGAUUCAGUUCAUGCCCGACUUGCACAACCAGACACAUCUCCAGCAUCAAUAGGGUCAGAGAUAUCUGAAAUUGAAGAUGUGGGGCCUUUAGCAAAGAAUUCAAUAUCUCCACCUGUUGCUCAUGCGAGGACUCUAAGGAAAGGGUCAACUGACCAUCUUGUUCUUAAUAUUGGUUCAGAGUCAGAUCCGUUAAUUUCUGCACAAGAAAGUGAUGAUAAAGGUCAUGUUUUUAAGUCUCUGAAUGCAUCUGGUCUCAUUCCAAAGCAGGGAAAGAUGAUUGCAGAUAAGGUGGAUGGUAUUUGGGUUUCUGGAGGGCGAAGUUUGAUGAACAGACCUACGGCAAGGUUAGGGCUGAUAGCCUAUUGGAUAUUCUUGCACCUCUGGUUGUUAGGAACCAUCUUGUGACAUCUUCACCCAAGCAGUGCACUGAUUAUGUCAUAGUUUGCAAUUGUAUAGUAGCUUGUAUAAUAACACAGCGUUUCAUUUAUUCUUUAGACAGUUCUCUUUGAUCAAUAUUCAAUCUGUCAUUCUUUCCAACAUUCAAGCUUACAGUUGUAUUUACCAACUAUUUGUAUUACUUCCCGCUCAAAUGAAGGACGUACAUACCAUAGUAAUCUAAAAGAUGAACGGCCAU